GGCCAUGGCCAAGCGCUUCAACUUAGCGGCGCCGCUGCUGCUCACCUUAACCUUCUUGUUCUGCAGCUGCUCCAUGAUCUCUUCUUCUUCCCAAGCAGCGUCGCCCGCUGGCUUCCUCCAAUGCCUCACGAAGGCUAACAUCUCAGUGUUCGAGCAGGGCGAAGAUUUGUUCAACACGCAGCUUGACAAAUACAUUAGGAACCCAAAGUUCCUCGCAAAUACCACCGGGAGGCCGCUCUAUGUCGUGAUGCCGGCGAAUGCUCACCACGUCCAGAUCGCCGUGCGCUGCGGUAGCCUAAACAGGGUACCCCUCCGCGUGCGCAGUGGCGGGCACGACUAUGAGGGCCUGUCGUACCGGUCCGUGGACAACGAGGGCUUCGCCAUGCUCGACAUGUCGGAGCUACGCACCGUGGUCGUCGACAACCAGACGUCGACGGCGUGGGUGGAGUCCGGCGCGACGCUCGGCGAGCUCUACUAUGCCAUAUCGAAGGCGAGCAACCUUCUGGGGUUCCCGGCCGGCGUGUGCUUGACCGUCGGCGUCGGAGGCCAUUUUAGCGGCGGUGGCUUUGGCACGCUGAUGCGCAAGCACGGGCUAGCCGUCGAUAACGUCAUUGAUGCCGAGUUAGUGGACGCCAAUGGCACACUCCUGAACAAGACAACCAUGGGGGGCGAUGUCUUCUGGGCCAUAAGAGGCGGCGGGGGCGGGAGCUUCGGUGUCGUGCUGAGGUGGCAGGUGAGGCUCGUGACCGUCCCGGCGACGGUGUCGGUGUUCAAGGUCUCGGUGUCCAACAGCCAGGGCGCCGCCGUGCACGCGGUCACCAAGUGGCAGAAGGUCGCGCCGGCCCUGCCGGACGAGCUGUACAUCAGGGCGCUUGUCCAGAGCGACAUGGCCGUCUUCCGAGCAGUGUUCCUCGGCACGUGCGACGCGCUCCUGCCUCUGGUGAUGAGCAGGAGCGAUGGCAUCGCGGAGCUGAAUUUGAGCCGCUCCAACUGCAAGGAGAUGAGCUGGAUCGAGUCCGUGGCCUACGUCAACAACGCGACCGUGGAGGACCUCACGAAGCGGACCACCUCUGAGUUCGACUCCAGCCAUGGCUUCAAGGCGACGACGGACUACGUCCGGCGCGCCAUUCGCCGGGAGGUGUGGGCUAAGAUCUUCUACAAGCAGCUCAGGCAGCCCAACGCGCAGGUCAUCUUGGUCCCAUACGGCGGGAAGAUGAGCAACGUGCCAGAGGACGCGACGCCGUACCCGCACCGCGCCGGCGUGCAGUACAGCAUGCAGUUGUACAACUACUGGCCGGUGGAUUCGGCAGACAGCGGAGCCAUGGGGACGAAGUGGGUGAGGGACAUGUACGCGUUCAUGGCGCCGUACGUGAGGUCCGGAUCCGAGCCAAGGGGAGCCUACUUCAACUGCAGGGACCUGGAUCUCGGCCCCGACUGGGGGCCGAAAUACUUCAAGGGUAACUACGAGAGGCUCACCAAGGCCAAGGCUGAGAUCGACCCCCACAAUUACUUCCGCAAUGAGCAAAGCAUCCCCCUGCCAAAACGAGCAUCUUAAUUGUUCCCCUGUUUUCUCCUCCUUUUGAACCAGCUGCAAAAUAUUUUGGUUAAAACAUCUUACUUGUUGUGGCCUGCAAGCCUUCGUUUUACUACAUACAUGCAUGGUAGGUACUGUAUAUCUACAUGUACACAUUCUAUCUUGA